CGCGCCGUUUGUUUACCGGAGGGUGAAGAUGGAGCCGGACACGGAGGACGUCCCGGCCCCGGCCCCGGCCCCGGAGGACGUCCCGGCCCCGGCCCCGGCCCCGCUCCCGCUCGUGUCCGCGCUGGGCCUCGGGGCUCCUCCGGUGCUCGGGCCGCAGGUGUGUGAGUUGUACCGGCUGCAGGUCGCGGAGCUGCGGCGGCGGCGGCAGCGGGAGAUGAUGGAGCGCGAGCGGCGGCGGCGCCAGUACCUGCGGCGGAGGAGAGCCUUCCUGCUGUCGUCCGUGGCGGCCGCGCUCAGCCUCCUGUCCACCACCAACAGACCCGUGUGGGUGCGGGACCGCGGCCCGGGACAGAACCUGUGGGCCGCGGCCGCGGGCUUCGACGACGAGCAGUGGAAGGCGCAGUUCCGCGUGUCGCGCGCCACGUUCGACCACCUGCUCCAGCUGAUCGGCCCCGCGAUCAAGCGCCGCAAGACGAACUACCGCGUCCCCAUCGAGCCGCGCCGCCGCCUCGCCAUCACCAUGUGGUGGCUGGCGCGCUCCGGGGAGUACCGCUCCAUCGCCGACAUGUUCGGGGUGGGCAUCGCCACCGUGUGCACCAUCGUGCGCCAGGUCUCCUCCGCCAUCGUGGAGCGGCUCUUCCACCGCUUCGUGUCGCUGCCCAGCGGCCCGAGGCUCGACGCCGCGCUCCAGGCCUUCAAGGACCGCUGCUACCCGCAGUGCGCGGGCGUGAUCGGCGGGACGCACAUCCCCAUCGCGCCGCCGAGGAACAACCCGGACCACUACAUCAACCGCAGCGGCUGGCACUCCGUCAUCCUGCAGGCGGUGGUGGACCACGACGUGUGCUUCACCGACGUGUACGCUGGUUGGCCCGGGAGCAGCAGCAGCGCCACCGUGCUGAGCAGCUCCGACCUGUACCUGAAGGCCGAGGACCGACCGGACGGAUACCUGUUCCCCCGGGAGCGCUCGCUCCUGUCCGACGGCGUGGAGAUCCCAGUCCACCUGAUCGGCGACGCCUCCUUCCCCCUGAAGCCGUGGCUGAUGAAGGGCUACGUGGAGGAGCAGCAGUUGUCUCCGGAGCAGCGCCGCUUCUCCUACACGCUGUCGUCCGCUCGCUCUGCGGUCGACGUGGCCUUCGCUCGCCUCAAGGGGCGCUGGCGCUGCCUGCUGAAGAAGAGCGACAUCGACAUCUCCAUGGUGCCGCGGGUCGUCGCCGCCUGCUGCGUCUUGCACAACAUCUGCGAGCUGCGAGGCGACAGCUUUCUGCCCGAGUGGAACGUCGACAUGGCGCCUUCCGACAAUUAUCUGACGCAGCCGGACGUGGAGCCGUACGCCGGCGACACGUACUGUACGGCCGAGGUCAUCAGAGACACCGUCACCUACAACCUGCUGAACAUCCUGCAGUACUGACGGCAGGCGCCAUGGCGACGGGAGACGAGCGCACAGGAACUCCUUCUGUUCGUACUGUAACUCAUGGACAGAACAAAGACUCAAACUGUUUAUUUUACUGGACUGUUCCCACUUUACAUAUUUUAGAAACAUAUCAACUGCUUUUGUGAGUUUUUGUAUAAAAAUUGUACAUGAAAACUGUCAACUGUUUCUGUUCUGACUCUGGACACGUUAUCUGUUUUAACUGAAGCUCACAUCGUCCUGACGACCUGAACAUCGACGUCUCUUUAACUUAUAGUUACAGUUAACGUGACUUUUUACAAACAUGGUUCCAUUUCAAAAGGACUCCAUCGCUAGAUGUUUUAGUAAAUAUUAUAUUAAUGAAUAUUAUGUAAAUAAAUCAUUUUAAAAUCCAA